GAGGAAGACUCCUUGCAGAUCGAGGAGAAGAUCAAGUGGGGCGACGGCUUUGCCGUGGUGUAUUCUGUGACCGACCGGUGCAGCUUCGACGAGGUCAUGAGGCUGUGCUUCCUCAUCAACCACAUCCACUCGAGCCCCAAGCGGAGCGGUGGGAGUGACCAGCCGCCCGUGGUGAUUGUUGGCAACAAGAAGGACCUGCAGUUUGACCGGAUGGUGUCUUGUGAGGAUGGUGAGAACCUCUCCAAAGCCCUGAAGCAUCCUUUCUACGAGAUCUCCACCAGGGACAGCUACGACGAGACCGUGGUGGUGUUCAACACCCUGUAUAAUGAGCUGAUGAGACAGGGGCACUUCUCCCCGGGCUCCUUCAAGAGGAGGGCCGUGUCUAAGCUGAUGGAAAAGAUUCCAAAGAUGCAUGCCAACUCCACCCUGAACUCUGGUGGCCGGAGCCUCAGCUUCAACUCCUUCAGGGACUACAUACCGGAGUGA